AUGAAAAAAAUCAAUUAAACUUAAAAGAACACUAGGAGAAAAAUUUAAAAAGUCAAGAUUCAUAAGAAGAAGGAGAAGAUUUCUAUAAUAAACUAAUAAAGCGAUAGUUUAGGUUAGAUAUUAGAAAAACUUAAAAAUUAAGAGAAGAAUCUGAAAAAACAAAGAAAAUCAUUAAAUUCAAACCUAAAUUCAGAGAAAUUAUUAAUAAAUAAAGGUCUUUCAUUAAUGUGCAAAGGAAAGUUUGAGGAAUCAAUAAAUUAAUUUGAUGAAGCAAUUAAACUAAAUCCAAAAAAUGAUGAAGCAUACGUUAAUAAAAGUAAUAUCUGAUGAUAUUAGGCGCUGCAUUAAUUGAAUUAAACUAAUUCAAAAAAGGUUUAUAAACAGCAAAUUUAGCAAUUAAAUCAAACUCGAAAAAUGACGAAGCUUAUAAUAAAAAAGGUAUUGAAUUAAAUUAAUUUAGGCGCGGCUUUAUUUCAUCUUAAUAAAUAAAAAGAAGCAGAGUCUUAAUUUUAAAAAGCAAUUAGUCUAAACCCAAAAAAUGAAUUUGCAUAAUUUAAUAUGGGUACUUUUUAUUGUUAUGUAAGCCAAUUUGCUAAGAGAAUGGGACAGACAUACAGAAGCAAUCGAAUAUUAUAAUCGCGCAAUUUAAAUAAAUCCAACUGACAUCGAAUAUUAUAUUGAAAAAGGUAUUUUACAAAUAAUCUUUAGCAUUUUGUUUACAAGUACUGAAGAAGUAUAAAAAUGCUAUAGAAUGCUUUAACUAAGCCCUUUCACUGAAUCCAGAUGAAGAAUUAACUUAAACUUUGUUAAUGAAUAAAGGUACAAGAAAGAAUUGAUUGUUUAGGUUUUUCAUUAGGUUGCAUUUAAUAGUUUGAGGAGGAAUUAGACUGCUACUAAAAAGUUGUCAAGGUUAAUCCUAAACAUAAAGAAGCUCAACAACUAAUCAAAAUUUUGAGUAUUUAAAUCAAUAAUUGCAAAAAGGCUAAUGAUAAUGGAACUUAAAAAAACAAAAAAUAGAAAAUAAGGUAAUUAGAAAAUAAAAAGAACUGA